UCUUCUGCUGUGUGUUUGUUUUUGGAUCAUUAAUGGCGGAUGUACGUGACGAGCGUGGGAACCCGAUCCAGCUCACCGACGAACGGGGCAACCCGGUUGAACUGACCGACGAAUUCGGCAACCCCAUGCACCUCACCGGUGUCGCCACCGCCGCGUCGAAGCUCGAGUCCACUGGUGGCGACGUUGGCCAGACGCAGCUGCUUCCGGAUCCCGCUCCCGACCAGGCCGGCUCGCCUCGUCGCUCUACCAGCUCCAGCUCCAGCUCGUCAGAGGACGACGGGCAAGGUGGGAGGAGGAGGAAGAAGAAAGGGUUGACGCAGAAGAUAAAGGAGAAGUUAACCGGGAGCGGGAAACACAAGGGCGAGGCUGCCCCGGCACCGGGCUGCCACCAGUACACCACCGUGGAGGCGAAGACGACGUCGACCGUCGACGUGGAACCACAUCAUCAGGAUCGUGAGAAGAAGGGGGUUAUGGAGAAGAUCAGGGAAAAAUUGCCAGGUCACCAUUAAUAAUUUCACUACUGUCCCUGAUCUCCUUGGAGUUUGGAUAUAUGGUUUCCAAAUUCCAACUGUCUUUGUAAUUAGUUUAAUUUGGUUAUUUUGUUUUUGUUGGGGUCUGAAUUGUAAUAUGUCACUAUGUUGGUAGUGGUACAUAUAUUUGUGGCUUUCUGGUUUUGUUUGAAAGCUUUAUGUGCU